CAUCAACCUGCGCCCGAAGCCACGGCUCUCCACGUGGAUUCUGUGGCAUCAUGGCGGGAACGGAGGCCCCCCAGCCGCAGAAGCGCUAUUACCGGCAGCGCGCCCACUCCAACCCCAUGGCGGACCACACGCUGCGCUACCCUGUGAAGCCAGAAGAGAUGGACUGGUCUGAGCUUUACCCAGAGUUCUUUGCCCCGCUUACUCAAAACAAGAGCCAUGAUGAUGCAAAGGAUGAGAAAGAGAAGCAAGCUGGGGCCCAAGUGGAGUUUGCAGACAUAGGGUGUGGCUACGGUGGUUUGUUAGUGGCGCUGUCACCGCUCUUUCCAGAUACCCUGAUUCUGGGUCUGGAGAUCCGGGUGAAGGUGUCAGACUAUGUACAAGACAGGAUUCGGGCCCUCCGUGCCGCUCCUGGAGGCGGAUUCCAGAACAUUGCCUGCCUCCGCAGUAACGCCAUGAAACACCUGCCUAACUUCUUCCGCAAGGGCCAGCUGACAAAGAUGUUCUUCCUCUUUCCCGACCCACAUUUUAAGCGAACGAAGCAUAAGUGGCGAAUCAUCAGUCCCACGCUCCUGGCGGAAUAUGCCUAUGUGCUGAGCAUCGGGGGCCUGGUCUACACCAUCACUGAUGUACUGGAACUGCACCAGUGGAUGUGCACCCAUUUUGAAGAGCACCCGCUGUUUGAGCGCGUGCCUCUGGAAGAGCUAAGUGAAGAUCCCAUUGUGGAACAUCUAGGCACUUCAACUGAGGAAGGAAAGAAAGUUCUACGCAAUGGAGGAAAGAAUUUCCCGGCCAUCUUCCGAAGGAUACAGGAUCCCGUCCUCCAGACAGUGACCCCCAAUCCCACCCUGCCUGACCACUGACUUCUAACCCUGCCUUAGCUGAACUUGUCUAGUAACUAGAAAAAAGAUCAACUCCCAUUCCAGGCCUGCUCAGACUGCUGGGACAGGGCCAUGAUCUCUCCGAGAAGCUGGGUGUGGCCUGUGUUCUCACCCAUCACUGACUCUGUGUUCUUGCCCCUCCGCUGUCAGAAGAAAGCAGAAGAAGCUGACCGAGAAGGUCAAAGGACCUUGGACCAGAGGGUGUAUUUGGAGGGGUGUGGGGUUUUGUUCUCCUCAACUGGAAUGAAGAGGGCAGUGCCCUGCUGUCUAA